AAAUAUUAGUCUUGGUGUGACCAGCGUACAGUGCUGAUGUGAUUAAAGGUCACAGCGUGUAUAUAAGAACGACCAGCAGACCAGUGUCAAAUCACCAGCGAGCAUCUCCCCAGCAGAACCUCUGGCUAUCAUUUGAUCCACAGCGUUCUCUCCGUGAAGAUGUUGGCGGCGUUGGUUCUGGUUUUGCUGGUGUUCAGUGUGUCUGAGGGAAGGAUCAUGAGUAAAUGUGAGCUGAAGGAGCAGCUGGAAGCAUCUCAGAUCCAGGUGAUUAGAUCCAUUGGAGACCAAACGACCAAGGACAAACACAUCGCUAGACUUGUUUGUAAUUUGGAAAACACUUCCGGCUUCAACACCAGCCUCGUCACCAGCAUCCAGAUCAACCAAGAUGAGAUUAGACCUGCAUUACAAAUUCCCCCCAAACCAAAGGAGGAAAAAACCCCAGAAAAGGAAGAAGAUGAUGAGAGACUGGAAGAGGAACACAUAAUCCCUGUUAAACCACAAAGUCCUCCCAAGGGAAGACGUGCAAGAUCUCUCCCCGAGGGCAAGAACGUUGAGAUGCUAGAAGCAAAGGAGCCUCUCUGGACCUGGCACCAUGGUCUCUUCCCCGAAAAGAUCCCUGCAGACUCGUCUGGAAGUGGUCCAGAGGCGAUGUCCGAGGAGGACAGCUCUGAAGAGAGCUCGGGGGAAGAGGGGCGUGAUGAUGUCAUCGCCUGGAACCUGUUGGGAAUCUUCCAGCUGAGCGACCGCGUGGCCUGUGAUCCCGGAUCGAGCGCAUCGCUGAACCUUUGUGGUCUUGAGUGCAACGCUCUCGUUGAUGAUGACAUCUUUGAUGACAUCGCUUGCUUGAAGAUUUUGGCGGGAAGCAGCAACAAGUUGUUGGCAAUGCUGCAGGUGAAAGAGUGUCGCUCUGUCCUUCCUUCCAAAUACUUCGCUGAGUGCUCCUAGUACAUCCAGGCUGAUGAAGCUUCUCCAUCUGAAGGCUGAAACAUCUUCACCACUCAACGGUGGAGCCGUUUUUCAAUCAUAAGGAAACUCUACACUUACGUAUUUGCACAUUUAAAAACCCCAUGACCUUUUGUUAAUGUAUAUCAGCUUUGACAUCAUUUAUAUGCUAAUGUACUCCUAAACCCUGAGAAAAUGAACUUUUAUGCAUUUGAAACCUUCAACUUCCUUUGUCCAAUAAAAAACUCUGUAGAAUAAAAAUAUACCUUUUAAAGCAUAUAUAAAAGGCUUGCUCAUGGCAAGAAAUAACGUUUAGAAAAUUAUGAUUCAUGCCUGUGUCAUAAACUCAAAGCAAAUAAACAAGAAGUUUGUUUUUCUUUA